CUGUCUCCCUGCACAAACCGCUGUGCUCACUAUAAAAACCCCUCCUCUUUCACAUAACAAACAAAAUCUAACUUUUUCUUCUCACAGAGAACACAACCCUAUCCAGAUGGAAGGAUCAUCAACAAGCAGCUGGGACGAAACGAAUGGUAUAAAGAAGGGGCCAUGGACACCGGAAGAAGAUCAAAAGCUCGUAAAUUGCACCCAAAAGUACGGACAUGGAAAUUGGAAAGAGGUUUCGAAGCUUGCCGGACUCAAUCGGUGUGGAAAGAGUUGCAGGUUACGGUGGACUAAUUAUCUACGUCCAGAUAUCAAGAGAGGAACCUUCUCCGAGGAAGAAGAACAAACAAUCCUCGAGCUUCAUGCACUUCUCGGAAACAAGUGGUCAACCAUAGCAAGUCGUCUACCGGGACGAACUGAUAACGAAAUCAAGAACUUCUGGAAUACUCAUCUGAAGAAGAAACUAUUUCGAAGAGGGAUAGAUCCAACCACUCAUAUGCCUAGAACUGAUAAUCUCCUCAUGAAUUCCCUUGCAAAUAUUCCACCCGAUCAGCUUCUUGCAGCUGUAAAUAGUAUAUGCAUCAAUAGUGCUCUGGCAUGCCAAGAUUCAACUACUGCAAUAGAAUUUGCCAAAAUGUUAUACUUAGGUAACAUACUGCAAUUCUUAAACCCGAGUAAUAGUACUAAUAUUGAACAAUAUCCUGCUCCAUUGAUAUUGGAUUCACAGUUAGAAGCAUUGUUAUAUAGUAACUCGGCUCCGUACACUCCUGCUUUUACAUCAACUUUUCCGAACUUAAAUGUUUCUCAAACUAUCUUCCAUCCUGAAGUCGAAGAAUUGUCGAUAAAAUCCAACAGAACUUUUACUCAACAAAUUAGAGACACCAGUGAGUAUGGGACAUCAUCAUUGUGCAAUAAUUAUUCGAUACCAGAACUGGUUCCGGCAUCCUCCCCUGAGUCUUUCACCGUGAAUACAGAAUAUCAAACUACUAAAAGCUAUAUUAUAAGCCCAAAAGAUCAAUUCUCUAACUCAUCUACCUCAACUACUUUUGAUGUUUUGGGAGAUCUUAUGGAUGACGAAGCAAGCAAGUACUUCUGGAAACAAGUCACAGACCAAGACACUUCACUGUAGAAGCUGCAGCAGCUAUCUGAUGAUACAAAAGAAAUUCAGAAAUAUUAUAGAAAGACCACUGUUUGAUUUAGUCUUCGUUUGUGUGUAUACACAAAAUCUACAACUUAUAAAGCCAAAGAGUUGGUGAUU